UGAUAUGCUGCUUUGUACAUUGUUGACGACAGACGGGAUAUAACAUGGAAAAAGCCAAUUGGACCUCUCCCAUGAUGGAGUUCAUUCUCCAGGGACUCUCUAACCACCCAAAACUAGAGAAAAUUUUCUUUGUGCUAGUCCUGCUGAUGUACCUGGUGAUCCUACUGGGGAAUGGAGUCCUCAUCCUGGUGACUGUCCUUGACUCCCACCUGCACACACCUAUGUACUUCUUCCUAGGGAAUCUCUCCUUCCUGGAUAUCUGUUACACAACCUCCUCCGUUCCUCUGGUUCUGGACAAUUUCCUAACACCCCAGGAAACGAUCUCCUUCUCUGCUUGUGCAGUGCAGAUGUGUCUUUCCUUUUCCAUGGCAGGAACAGAGUGCCUGCUUCUAAGCAUGAUGGCAUUUGACCGUUAUGUGGCCAUCUGCAGCCCCCUUAGGUACCCAGUGAUCAUGACCAAGGAUACCUAUGUGCCUAUGGCCGUCAGUUCCUGGGCUAUUGGUGGUGCUGCUUCUGUGGUACACACAUGCUUGACAAUUCGGUUGCCCUUCUGUGGGGACAAUGUCAUCAACCACUUCACCUGUGAGAUUUUGGCUGUCCUAAAGUUGGCCUGUGCUGACAUUUCCAUUAAUGUGAUCAGCAUGGGAGUGACAAAUGUGAUCUUCCUGGGGGUCCCAGUUCUAUUCAUCUCUGUCUCCUACAUGUUCAUCCUUGCCACCAUCCUGAGGAUCCCCUCAGCAGAGGGAAAGAAGAAGGCCUUCUCUACCUGCUCUGCCCACUUAACUGUGGUGGUCCUCUUCUAUGGGACCUUAUUUUUCAUGUAUGGGAAGCCCAAGUCUAAGGACCCACUGGGGGCAGACAAACAGGACCUUUCAGACAAGCUCAUCUCCCUCUUCUAUGGGGUGGUGACCCCCAUGCUCAACCCCAUCAUCUACAGCUUGAGAAACAAGGAUGUGAAGGCUGCUAUGAAGAAUCUGGUGGCUCAGAAACACGUCACCCAGUGACGCUGAGAGGGGUCCCCUGGGGUU